AUGUCCAAACUCCAGGUCUGGGCCUCGUUGCCCGAAGCCCACCUCUUCAACUUCCCUCCUGCCAACCCUCCGGCCCCAAUCCCGCCGGCGCAUGUCCCUGCCACUAUCCUGAGGCCCUUCAACAUCCCCGACGAUCUCUAUGUGUCUGCUCUGGAUGCUCGAGUGCCGUUGACGAUUGCCGCUCUUUACGCCAUCUCGGCCAAGCUGCUCAACAAGUACAACAAGGCGCGCAACAAGAAGCCCUGGGGCAUCAGCAAGACACGCCCCUUCUUCGUCUUCGUCGUCCUGCACAACAUCUUCCUCGCCGUCUACUCUGCCUGGACCUUCUGGGGCAUGGUCGGCGUCAUGCAGAGGAGUUUCGUGAACCCCUUUGGCCCCAGUGGCGUCGCAGGUACUGCGGAUGGCUUCUGCCGCCCCCACGGACCUCGAGGCCUGGGCAACUCCAUCUACUUCAACGAGACCACUUUGAGCUGGGACAGCGCCUCGCCGAGCUCCGUUGCGCAUCUGCUUGCUUCCAAUGGCAUGCCUAGCACCACCGAGCCCGGCCGGAUGUGGAACGAGGGCCUCAACUUUUACGGCUGGCUCUUCUACCUGAGCAAGUUCUACGAGGUCCUCGACACCUUCAUCAUCCUGGCCAAGGGCAAGUACAGCUCUACUCUGCAGACUUACCACCACGCCGGUGCCAUGAUGUGCAUGUGGGCUGGCAUGCGGUACAUGGCCAUCCCCAUCUGGAUCUUCUGCCUCUUCAACUCCUUCAUCCACUCCUUGAUGUACACUUACUACACUCUAUCGGCCUUCUCCAUCAGAAUCCCCACGGCCCUGAAGCGUUCCCUGACCUCUAUGCAAAUCACCCAAUUCAUCAUUGGAGCCACAUUCGCCAUGGUCCCGUCCUUCAUCACAUACGUUUCCCCCAUCACCUCUACCCACGUCGUCACCGAGCAGUCUCCCGUCACCAGGAGCGCCCCGAUCGACUACAUCAUCCCGACCGCCGUCAGUGCCCUGGAUUCGCUCAAGCAGCUCAUCUUUGGAUCUGCCGAGGUCGCUGGCGCCGCCGAAGCCGCGGCCGCGCCCACCAUCAGCAAGUCCACCACCGUCACCCGGACGUUCGACCUCGUCCAGCCCUGCACUCUCACCACUGGUGAGACGUUUGCCAUCUGGAUCAACGUCGUCUACCUCGCCCCUCUCACCUACCUCUUCAUCAGCUUCUUCAUCGCGAGCUACGUCAAGCGCAGCAGCGCCGCCCAGAAGCUCGGCGGUAAGGCUGCCCGCGGCAUGGGCGACGAGGUCACCCUCGCCGAAAAGGCUGGCUGGGAGGCUGCCCGUAACGUCGAGCGGGAGGUCUACGGCGGUGAGCAGAUGGCAGAGGGAAGCAGCAGCCCCAAUGGCAAGACCAAGCGCAGGGCUUAG